CUGUGACGUCACGGGACACUGUGACGUCACGACAAGAAGCUCGCAACCCACUAGCCCCGGCGCCCGCGCAUCAGUAACAUCACGGCGGGUCCCGGGACAGCUAGGCCAUGAUACCUUAAGUAGCCAUGUCGAAACGCGAUGUCGUCCUCACCAAUGUUACUGUUGUCCAGCUGCUGCGACAGCCGUGCCCUGUGGCCAGACCCCCCCCACCCCCGCCUCCACCACCACCCAAGGUUGAGCCACAGCCUGAACCACAGCCAGUCAAAGAGGAAGUGAAAUUCGAGCCACCUCCACCUCCUCCUCCUCCUCCUCCACCUAAGAUUUCCCCAGUUCGGGAGCUGACUGUGGGCAUCAAUGGCUUUGGACGCAUCGGUCGCUUGGUGUUACGCGCCUGCAUGGAGAAGGGUGUUAAGGUGGUGGCAGUGAACGAUCCGUUCAUUGAUCCAGAAUACAUGGUGUACAUGUUUAAAUAUGACUCCACCCACGGCCGCUACAAGGGGAGCGUGGAAUACAAGAACGGACGGCUGGUCGUGGACAACCAUGAGAUCACUGUGUACCAGUGCAAGCAGCCCAAAGAAAUCCCCUGGAAAUCUGUCGGGAGCCCCUAUGUGGUAGAGUCCACAGGAGUGUACCUCUCCCUAGAGGCAGCUUCGGAACACAUCUCGGCAGGAGCCCAGCGUGUGGUCAUCUGUGCACCCUCACCAGAUGCACCCAUGUUCGUCAUGGGCGUGAAUGAAAAUGACUACAACCCUGGCUUCAUGAACAUUGUCAGCAAUGCAUCCUGUACCACCAACUGCCUGGCCCCCCUCGUCAAGGUCAUCCAUGAGCGGUUCGGGAUCGUGGAAGGGCUGAUGACCACAGUUCAUUCUUACACGGCCACCCAGAAGACAGUGGACGGGCCAUCAAAGAAGGCCUGGCGAGAUGGCCGAGGUGCCCAUCAGAACAUCAUCCCAGCCUCCACGGGGGCUGCCAGCGCUGUGGGCAAAGUCAUUCCGGAGCUCAAAGGGAAGCUGACAGGAAUGGCAUUCCGCGUGCCAACCCCGGAUGUGUCUGUUGUGGACCUGACCUGCCGCCUGGCCCAGCCUACCCCUUACUCGGCCAUCAAGGAGGCCGUAAAAGCAGCAGCCAAGGGGCCUCUGGCUGGCAUCCUUGCCUACACUGAGGAUCAGGUCGUCUCUACUGACUUUGUUGGCGAUACCCACUCGUCCAUUUUCGAUGCAAAGGCUGGCAUUGCACUCAACGACAACUUCGUAAAGGUCAUCUCAUGGUAUGACAACGAAUAUGGCUACAGUCACCGCGUGGUCGACCUCAUCCGCUAUAUGUUCAGCCGUGACAAGUAACGCAGGAAGCCCCGUCCCCUUUUUUCCCCGGGCUCCGGGUCUGGAACCUGAAUCUCCCCUUCCAGCAUUCGGCUCCGCUGGGGAAUGAGGGCGCCUGGUGUGAGAUCUCCGAGCCGCUAGGGCAACAGUGAAAUAAAAACUAGAGUGCUCA